GUGAUGCAUAACCCAUUGUUCAAUAAGGGUGAAAUUGUUAAUGCGUUGGAUGUAUAAAAGGCUGCAGCUUUUAACGAUAUUGACAGUCAUUGAUUAAAGGUUAAGGAAAAUGAACGCCAAGAUGAUACACAAGGUACUACUAACGCUGUGCUCCUUCACGUUUGUCAGCGCAGGAGUAAUUGGAACUGAUGGAACAACUUACUCAUCAUUAUCAACACCAAUCGUGAAAACUAUUCCAAGCCACGUCGUAGAGAAAACUGUGACCUCACCAAUAGCUUACACCAGAAUUAUUCAAGCACCACCAGCAUAUCACUCCAUAAUAUCUACUAAAGAAAGUAACUACGAAAGCCCAGAUGGCACACAACAUUCAACAUUUACAAAAUCUUCGGAUACAGGAUACGCAAGUAUCAAGGAUUAUGAAUCCAGCAAGAAUGAUGGUACAGCUCAAUUAACACCAAGCAUCUACUCUUCUGUAAGCCAUUCUCCCAUAGUGUAUCACCAAGAACCAACAUAUCAUGAACUUUCUUCUCCUUUAAUAUCUAAAUCUGUAUCAGUUCCUAUUUCUUAUACUACUCACGAAGUUCCUUUAACUAAAACAGUUGUAUCACCACCUUUAUCCUCGUACUCAACACUUGAUAAAACUAAGUUUGCUUCUUUAGGAUUAUCAUCUUAUUCGUCGAAUUCACCUGUAGUGGACUCUCAGCCAAUUAAAACUACUAUAACAUACUCAGAAGCUCCACUAGUUUCUCACAUGUCGUUCACAGGCUUAGGAGCAAGUUAUGCUUGGUGAAUUACUACAAUUUUUCCCUCACAUGGAAUGCGCGACUGACUGCUUGAUUAAGUUUAAUUUAUGUUUAAAAUGUUAUGUUUAUGUAAGGUAAAAUUAUGUCUCAUAAAAUAAAUAUGUCUGCAUCGUA